AUGAAUAGUAGUCAAAGAGCCGAAAUUACUCAUUCAUUUUUCAAGAGGUAUGUGUCUAGAGAAAAUUUAUUGUUGGAAUUUGUGACGCGGUUUGAGAGGGCACUUUCCAAAGUACGCCAUAAUGAGUUAGAUAUGGAUCAUAAAGACGUCAAUGAGAAACCACACUUGAAAACUAUGUAUCCCAUGGAGUCGACAAUGAGUGAAUUCUAUACAAUUGAGAUAUUUUACAUGUUUCAAGAGGAGCUCUUUCAAAAUGUGGCGUAUAAGUUGACGGCAACAAAUGAGGAUGAACAUCAUUGUGUGUACACUGUUCGAAGGGUAAAAGGGAGUGCUUUGAGGGUUCGUGAGGUUGUGGUAGAUAAGUCAUCAAACCAUGUCCGUUGUAGUUGUAAGAUGUUUGAGUGUGCCGGAAUUCCUUGUCAGCACAUGUUGGCUUACUUUUCUAGAAUGCAAAUGGAAGAUUUGCCUAAUGAAUACAUCUUGCGGAGGUGGACAAAAUCAGCGAAGGCUAUGCGAGUGAGAGAUGACUUGGGUUUGGAAGAACUUUUGAGUUCGGGUCAAAAGAAGAUGUGUGAUAUGAAAAAAGUAAGCCAAGAUGAUGGAGUAGGGAGUUCUAUCCAAGUGCCGAUUUUUCGUGACCAUGGUUUGAAAGAACCGCUUCAAGUGAGGGCAAAAGGUUGUGGUAAACAACUCAAGGGAGGGAAAGAGAAGCCUGCCAAGAAGGUUAGGCAUUGUAACGGUUGUGGGCUAACAGGGUCUUCGCAAAAUACUAGGUUGAAUGACGAUGACGAAGACGAAGACGAAGAUGAAGACGACGACGACAUUAACUAUGAUAAUGCCGAUGACCGAUGGCUUUGGAACUCCAUACAAGAUGGAGAUGCGUAA